AUGGCGCAGGUAACUGCGCCCAUCCAGCGGCCCCCAGAGUGGGAAGCCCUGGACUCGUCCAGCCCUGAAGUUGCUUGGCCGGACUCCGCGGCCGCGUUUCCAGCCCCAGCAGCCCUGCCGGAGCUGCCUGCAGUGGCGUUUCCAGCGCCCAAGGGCAGCGAGUUGGGCUUCGGAUGGGGUGCCUGGGACACCCAGGAAUCCGUACAGCUGAGUGACUGA